GAGGAGGAGGAGAGUCGUCUUCGGAGAAGCCGCCGCCGCCGCCGCCGCGCCUCGCGCUCUCUCCUCAGCCCGCCCGGAUUUCCGAAAAGUUGCCAAGAAGCGAGAGCGCAAAAGAGUCGCGAAGAGCCCGGCAGGAGGCGAGCUCUCUCGCCGGCUUCGGCCCACAAAGCUUCGGCUUCCUCGCUCCACUUGCCUCGUGCGGACCCUCCUCGGGCUCUCGGUUUUCGCCUCUGCCGCCGCUCCGAGCAACCGCCAAGCUGGACGACCGGCGGAAAGGCGACCCCAGGAGGAUGGAGGAUGAAGCUGUGCUGGACAGAGGCGCUUCUUUCCUUAAGCACGUCUGCGACGACGAGGAAGUAGAAGGUCACCAUACGGUAUAUAUUGGGGUUCAUGUUCCCAAGAGUUAUCGGAGAAGAAGGCACCACAGAAGGAGGCCGAAGGAAAGGAAAGAAAAGGAGAAAAUCACCGAAUCCGAUGCGGAAAAUAUCGAUGAGGUUGGCGGGCACAUCCUCAAGCCACUGAUCUCUCCCGCCGCCGAGCGCAUCCGUUUUAUCUUGGGAGAAGACGAUGACAGCCCGGCACCACCACAGCUCUUCACAGAACUGGAUGAACUUCUACCUGUGGAUGGGCAAGAGCUGGAAUGGAAGGAAACGGCCAGGUGGAUAAAAUUUGAGGAGAAAGUGGAGCAAGGAGGAGAGAGAUGGAGUAAACCCCAUGUUGCCACGUUGUCGCUUCACAGUUUGUUUGAACUGAGAACAUGUAUAGAGAAAGGCUCUAUUCUGCUGGAUCUGGAGGCGUCAACACUCCCUCAAGUCGUAGAGAUGGUCGUGGACAACCAGAUCGACACAGGCCUGCUAAAGCAAGACAUGAAGGACAAAGUCAUCUACACGCUGCUCAGGAAACAUCGGCACCAGACCAAAAAAUCCAACCUCCGAUCGUUGGCCGACAUUGGGAAGACCGUCUCCAGUGCAAGUAGGAUGUUAACCAACCCUGAUAAUGGUAGUCCAGCCUUGACACACAGAAACAUGACAUCCUCUAGUUUGAACGACAUCUCUGACAAACCUGACAAGGAGCAGCUGAAGAACAAAUUCAUGAAGAAGUUACCUCGGGAUGCUGAGGCCUCCAAUGUGCUGGUUGGAGAAGUCGACUUUUUGGAAAACCCUUUUAUUGCCUUCGUGCGGUUACAACAAGCAGUCAUGCUUGGCGCUCUGACAGAAGUCCCUGUACCCACUCGGUUCCUGUUCAUUUUGCUGGGUCCAAAAGGCAAAGCAAAAUCCUACCACGAAAUUGGUCGAUCCAUUGCCACUUUGAUGUCGGAUGAGGUAUUUCACGACAUAGCCUACAAAGCCAAAGACAGGCAGGACCUGAUCGCUGGGAUCGAUGAAUUUCUGGAUGAAGUAAUUGUGCUUCCUCCUGGGGAGUGGGAUCCCGCCAUAAGGAUAGAGCCUCCCAAGUCUCUUCCAUCUUCUGACAAAAGGAAAAACUUGUACGCAGGUGGCGAGAAUGUCCAGAUGAAUGGAGAUACCCCUCACGAGGGAGGAAAUGGAGGAGGGGGACACGGGGAUUGUGAGGAAUUGCAGCGAACUGGCAAAUUUUUUGGGGGUUUAAUCAAAGACAUCAAGAGGAAGGCCCCUUUCUUUGCCAGCGACUUCUAUGAUGCCUUCAACAUCCAAGCCCUCUCUGCUAUCCUCUUCAUUUACCUGGCGACGGUAACCAACGCCAUCACUUUCGGAGGCCUGCUGGGAGAUGCGACAGAGAACAUGCAAGGUGUGUUGGAAAGCUUUCUGGGCACAGCCGUUACAGGAGCUGUUUUUUGUCUAUUUGCUGGCCAGCCACUUACUAUUCUGAGCAGCACUGGACCUGUUUUGGUCUUCGAACGGCUUUUAUUUAACUUUAGCAAAGACCAUGGCUUUGAUUAUAUGGAGUUUCGUCUCUGGAUCGGCUUGUGGUCAGCCUUCCUGUGUUUGAUCUUGGUUGCUACCGAUGCUAGCUUCUUAGUUCAGUACUUCACCCGGUUCACAGAAGAAGGCUUCUCUUCUCUGAUCAGCUUCAUCUUCAUCUAUGAUGCCUUCAAGAAGAUGAUCAAACUCGCCGAUUAUUAUCCCAUUAAUUCCCAUUUUAAAGUGAAUGAUAUUACGCUUUAUUCCUGUACCUGCGAACCACCAGAUCCAGUGAAUAGUUCGUUAAUCAAUGAGACGGUCAUAUUCUCUCCAUCUUCGCUCAGUGAAAUAACGCACAAUGAUACCCUUGAAUGGUCAUCCCUGACCAAGAAGGAAUGCUUGAAGUUUGGAGGAGUGCUCUUGGGGAAUAAUUGCAAAUAUGUCCCUGACAUCACACUCAUGUCCUGCAUUCUCUUUUUGGGAACCUACACAUGCUCCAUGGCUUUGAAGAAAUUCAAGACCAGUCGUUAUUUCCCAACCACUGUAAGUCGUGUGAUUUCUAAUAAGGUUUCUCUGCUAAUUUCUGCAAAACUCUUCCUUUGACUUGAAAUGUUUUUAAGUGUCUUUCUGAUGCCCUUUUCUGUCUUCUUCCCUCUGAAGCCAACACAUCCAGACAGAAGCUGGUUUAUCACACCAUUUGGAGGAAACCCUUGGUGGGUAUACCUGGCUGCAGCUAUUCCUGCUCUCCUGGUCACCAUCCUCAUCUUCAUGGACCAGCAAAUCACAGCUGUGAUUGUCAACCGUAAAGAGCACAAGCUGAAGAAAGGUGCUGGAUAUCACCUGGAUCUAUUCUGGGUGGCUGUGUUGAUGAUCAUCUGUUCCUUCAUGGGUCUGCCUUGGUAUGUUGCUGCUACUGUGAUUUCCAUCGCUCACAUUGACAGUUUGAAGAUGGAAACAGAGACCUCGGCACCUGGCGAACAACCCAAGUUUCUGGGAGUUAGGGAGCAGAGAGUGACUGGAUGUAUCGUAUUCCUUCUGACAGGCAUUUCGGUGUUCAUGGCACCCAUCUUGAAGUUUAUUCCCAUGCCUGUCCUGUAUGGUGUGUUCCUCUACAUGGGUGUUGCAUCUCUCAAUGGAGUCCAGUUCAUGGAUCGUCUGAAGCUGCUCCUGAUGCCCCUGAAGCACCAGCCUGACUUUAUCUACCUGCGACACGUCCCCCUCCGCCGAGUCCACCUCUUCACCUUCCUUCAAGCAUUGUGCUUGGCUCUCCUUUGGGUCUUGAAGUCUACAGUAGCUGCUAUCAUAUUCCCUGUCAUGAUCCUCGCCCUCGUGGCGGUCAGGAAGGGGAUGGAUUAUUUCUUCUCCCAGCAUGACCUCAGUUUCCUUGACGACGUCAUUCCAGAAAAAGACAAGAAGAAGAAAGAAGAUGAAAAGAAGAAGAAGAAAAAGAAGGGCAGCCUAGACAGCGACAACGAUGACUCUGACUGUCCCUUCACGGAAAACGUGCCCAGUAUUAAAAUCCCGAUGGACAUCAUGGAACAGCAACCUUUCUUGAAUGAUGGGAAGCCUACUGAGAAAGAAAAAGCAACAUUCCUUGAACGGCAUACAUCAUGCUGAUCAAAUUCCUCACUUCCAUUCCUACAUGCCAAGGCCUCUGAAAAAUCCUGACGGAUGUUGUGCCUCAGAUUAGCAUAGAGCUCAGCCCUGAAGACCAUGCCUACUUUCGGAAUAGCAAGGGAACAGAACACACUUUUCUUUCACAACUGAGUCUUCAUCCUUUAUGGCAGGAGCUUUCCUCAAAAACCUGGGACACUUUAAGACUUGUGGAC